CGUAAUCUGACACCACACUUAACCCUAAGGAAAGUCAGAAGGAUUGGUGUUGUGCACAAGGGAGAACAGCCUGCUGCAGACCUCAGGCUGCCCUGCAGCUCUAUAGUGGGAGUGUGUGCGCGAGAGAUGUAAGGAAGGAGUGAGGAAGAGAGACUGGGCAACAGGGAGAGAAAAGAGGAAGGAGGAGAGAAAGAAAGGGAGGAGAAAGCACACUGAAGAAAUAUAGAACUGCAAGGAAGAGAGAAGGCAGAGAGGAGAAGCACAAAUACUGAAAGGAGGAGGAAGUUAAAGAGUGGAUUACAGUGCAAGAAACGAGAAAACAUUAUAUAACUUCUUUUUUUAAAAAUACAGCAAGUGUUAGCAAUGGAGAGGAAAAUCUCCUAAAUUAAGAAGCAGUACAAAAACUUAUACAACUUCUCCAAUGAGCCAGAAAGCAGCAGUUCUCAUCUUCAGGCGGAUGGGUGACCUCGUCUUCCUGCCGGUGUGUGUAAGGAGGAUAUAUGAUGAAGAAGAACAACAAUAAUAAUAAUCAUAUCAACAGCAAUCAUGUUCCCAGGAACAAUGUGCAUGGGUCUCCCAGAAAGCGCUGUCUCUCACUGCUGUCUCUGCACUUCUCACUGCGAGAUUAUGCAUUCUGCAUGGCCACUCUGCUCUUUUUCUGCGUGGGAUCCCUGUUCUACCAGCUGAAUGGAGGACCACCUCAGAUACUGCUGGACUUACGGCUAUACCUGGGAAAUUCUACUUAUUUGGAUGACCACGGCCCUCCAGCGCCUAAGGUACUUCCAUUUCCCAGCCAAGUAGUGUAUAACAGAGUUGGAAAGUGUGGAAGCAGGACAAUAGUGUUACUACUUCGCAUGCUGUCAGAAAAACAUGGCUUCAAUUUAGUGACAUCAGAUAUUCACAACAAGACCAGACUAACAAAAAAUGAGCAGAUUGAAUUGAUAAAAAAUAUCAGUACUGCUGAGCAGCCUUAUUUAUUUACUAGACAUGUUCAUUUCCUCAACUUUUCAAGGUUCGGAGCAGAGCAACCAGUAUACAUCAAUAUAAUUAGAGAUCCAGUCAACCGAUUUCUUUCCAAUUACUUUUUCCGAAGAUUUGGUGACUGGAGAGGGGAACAGAAUCACAUGAUCCGUACUCCCGGCAUGAAAGAAGAGGAAAGAUACCUGGAUAUUAAUGAAUGUAUUCUUGAAAACUAUGCAGAGUGUUCAAAUCCAAGAUUAUUUUACAUCAUACCAUAUUUUUGUGGUCAGCAUCCUAAAUGCAGAGACCCUGGUGAAUGGGCCUUGGAACGAGCAAAGCAGAACGUGAAUGAGAAUUUCUUACUUGUGGGAAUUCUAGAAGAACUGGAAGAUGUGUUGCUUCUACUAGAAAGAUUUUUACCUCAUUAUUUCAAGGAUGUUAUGAGCAUCUAUAAAAAUCCAGAGCACAAAAAACUUGGAAAUCUGACAGUCACAGUAAAGAAGUCCUUUCCUUCUCCCAGCGCCUUACAGGUUCUUUACCAGCGCAUGAAAUACGAAUAUGAUUUUUACUACUAUGUUAAGGAACAAUUUCAUUUAUUAAAGCGCAAGUUUGGACUAAAGUCUCAUGUCAAAGAAACACCUAGACAAGAUCUAUCAAACCCUGUCUCUGUUCCCAUGGAGACAGAAGAACCAUUGGAAGAUGAGGGGGAUCAGGAUGAUGAGAAAUGGUUAGAGGACAUUUAUAAAAGGUGAUGCACCCAAGCUGGUGCUGUGUUUGUGAGUCCAGAUCCCAUUUCUUAAGAGCUUUUUUAUUGUUAAAAAAAAAUCUUAAGGAACAUAGUUAAUGCUGAGUGGUAUUAACACAACUUCCCACAUGUUGGGUAUUAGGGAAAUACCCGUUUUUGCGGGUCUUGUUUACGUUUAUUUUUUUAUUUUCAGUGAGAUGGUAAAAGAGUAUAGAAAUAUAAUAUGAAACAUCCUGAUUCAAAAUAUUGCCAGUAAAAUAAUUUUUCAUAA